UCUUUCCGCAGUCGUUUUGAAUGAAAAUUUAGAAGGAAAUUUGCAAAAGUCACGUUUUAAAAUGGACAAAUUUGUCGUCCGACUUCCACGAGAAACUGCGGCGAAGGCCAAGUCCAAGUCCCAAGGAAAGGUGUACAAACAAGCAACAAUAGAGUCUCUACAGAGAGUUGUGGUGAUUGAUGACAUAGAACGUCUGAAGGUGACCUUGGAGCUGGAAGGUCAGGCCAGCGGAGUGCUGCUGGAGGCUCUGACGGAACUGAACAAGAAAAUACCAUCCAAACAGGUCCUACUGUCAACAAAAAUAGGACAUGCAGUAAACAAGCUGAAGAGGCAUGAAGACAAGGAGGUGGCCUCCUUAGCGAGAAGCAUCGUCUACAAGUGGAAACACUUCAUCCAAGAACAGGACAACAAGCCUGUCUUAGAGGUACGCUGUGACCUCAAGACGGAGAAAACUAGGACUUCUGGGAGGAGAAUGCUCGCCGACUCACUCGGGCUGGAGGAGGGCCAUCUUUUACCAGAGAACAUUGAGAGAGAAACAUUCCACGAGUGUAAACGGCUCUUAGACAGGAGCUACAAAAGAACCAUGAGGAAACUCAUCUUUACUCUGAAGGGAAAUGAAGACACCAGAAAACUGGUUCUCAGUGGAGAACUAGCCGUGAAAGACUUGGUCAAGUCCUUAAAGUGCAAGUCUUGAUAAGAAAAAGGAGUAUGAGGGAAGUUUUCUUAAAGUGGUCAUCAAAAGGGAACAAGUCUUACAACCUUUUUAUGUAAAGGCAUUUUAUGAGGAAAGCUUUAAAGUGCAAUAUUUCCAAACUGUUCCAAAACUAGCUACCUCUGUUUGUAUAAAAUGUUGAAUUU